GGUAAUAAACAGAUUGGCGCAAAAAUAGAAUAGAAUAGCAGAGUCGCUGCCGAGUGCGUCGAGAUACCGAUAUAGGAGGCGAAGUGAUUUGAGUGUGGACUUGUGGACUCUAGGCGCGAGCUCUCCUACCAAAAUGAUGGCCGAAACGGUAGUGACGGUGGAGGGCCAGAACCGCGUCGGCGGUACGACGCCGGCGGCUGCGGCGGGGACGGGGGCGGCGGCCGGUCACGGGGCGGCCAAGCCGGAAUCUAAUCUCAACUGGCUAAAGUUCAACACUCAAUACUUUAUCACCAUACCCGGCAUACUGAAGAUCGUCCAGGUGGUUUUCGGCAUAAUCUGCAUGGCUUGCGCAUCGCCAGCGCUAAUUGGGGGCACUCACUUCUUUCUAUUCGUGGUCGUGACGUCGUUCAUCGCGACCAUCCUGUGGACGUUCGUUUACCUGCUCGGCAUUCGCGAGGUACUGAAUCUGGCCAUCAACUGGAUCUUGACGGAGCUCAUCAACACGGGGAUCGCAACGCUGCUUUACUUCAUCGCAUUCAUCGUGCAGCUCGCCUCCUGGGGCCAGCGAUACGGGAACGGGCGGGGCUCCAACAUCGCCGCCGGGGUAUUCGGGUUGUUCAACUUUCUCGCGUACACGGCCGGAACGUACUUCUUGUACGUCGAGCACCGGUCGUCCGGCGUCUAGACACGGCGCCCAGCGUUAGACCGGCUACCGGCGGUGAUGCUCCGGCCACCGGUCAGGUCGCACCGUCGCCACCGGCAACGACGUCCCGGUGCGCACUAGUGUCCUGUCCGAUUCAUCAGUCCCAGACCAACGGAGACCAGAGGCGAGCUGCUGGUGCGAUGCCCGAGGACCCGCAGCAACGUGGAGCUCCCGUCCGUGUGGUAAUCCUGUACCGCUCCCGUUCGAACCGACCACCGUUACGACCACAGCAAAGUAUGGUGCCCGAGCCGUAGCAGCGACCACGACGCCUGCGGAACGCCCCAACGCUUCCAUCAGCCAGAACCCAAACCAAACCCAUGCCACUAGAGCCCCCCAUAACCACGCCAUCUUCGCCCGUCCGACUCCCGUCCGAGCAGAUCAAUGUCGCCAGCCACUAAACGAACGCCAACAAUCACUACCAAAGCAAAACAGGCAAAGGAAUCCCUUCGGACACCAUCACGAAAGUCCCUUGUCUGCCCCCGGUAACCCAUCCAAGACGCAUCCUUUAUUCGCGUGCGUUCUAACUGUAAUCCCAUGACGGGCACUCAGCGCUGUCAGCAUAGCGCGCUGUUUACGCGUUUUUAUUUCAGCCCUUCUUCUCCAACCGGAGCGGUUCCGAUGACUCUCCCCGAUCGGUUUGCUUAGAAUCCGGAACCAGGAAAAGGAAAUGCCCUAUGCUAUGUGCAUGUUGGUCGCGCUGUUUACUAAUCAGACAAAGACGGAAUGCACACGCCUCCGCCGCCGCCGCCUCGUCACGGUCCUUAGCCGCGUGAGACGCUAAACACAACUAUUUAUACUUUUUACUGUGCGUGUAUAUGUAUUAUGUAUGUAUUGUUUUUAAAUUGUACUAGCAGCGCCAUAGUGACAGUUUUGAUUGUUAAUUCGUUUUUCUUGUGUUUUUGCUAUUUUGUUUUGUGCAUUUUGGCGGAGCGAUAGAUAGGUGAAAGUAGUAGCAACUCCAGUGACAAACAAAGCUGGCAACAUAUCCGACACGCGUGAGAGAAACAAAAAUAGAGAGAGAGACGAUCGAACUAUAACCGUACAAUCCGACUUGCGCAAUCGUUUGCUAGAAAAAAAUUUAAAUUUAAAAUAACGGAAGGAACGAACGAGCUAGGCUAGAACUAGUAGAGAAACACGGUAACGAUAGGCGAAAGUGUAGUAUUUGCAAAUCAGUUGGUGGAAAAUAAUCGGGCUGAAGAACAUUUGCCCCAUCGGAUGCGGGGUUUUCCUGUUUACCUACGCUUGACGCUUGUUCGACUGUAGUGAAACAAAUUAUCCUGUCGAUUUGACUUUUCGAUUUCAAAACAUUUCCAAAAUCGCGUUACACUCGUGUUGGGUGUUGUCAGACUCGUCAGUCCCAAAAACGGUAGCUUCGUGUCUUCUGUUACGUUUGGCGAAAGCCUAAACUAAAUUUAAGUUUAAUUUUAAAUUAAACGAUUACUUGAACGUUUCAAACUUAUUUAAGCUUUCUAAAUGUAAGAGUUUGAGAAUUUUUUGACAAAAGAUCGAACGUAGAGAAAUCGAACAGAGAACACCAUGUAGCGAGUGCAUUACGUAGAAGCGCAGACCCCUGGGUUAGCCUGGGCUGAACUUAGCAAUCUGUCCGUCCGGCCACGUGUCCUGCUGCCGUGGUAAUAUUGCUGGAAUAAGGGGAAAACGGCUUUGAACUGAUCGACAUUUUGUGCUUCUCGAAGAUCAUAACCCCGAGCACGUUGCGGUUUUUAGCUUCUAAACAGUACUAACCGUGUGUUUCGUUUGCGGCCCCCUAUACUUCAGAUGCAUACGCAUGGGAUUGUGUGUGCUUAAACAUGUUUGAAGUUAUGCUGUGUGGUACCUAGUAUAUUUAUUGUACUAAAUGCGAUACGAUUUUUAGGUUGUCACACUGGCGCAUUGCCUCAAAACAGAAAUCAGAAAUCAAAUCGGACUAUCGGGCGGACCAAGUUUAUGGCUAUGAAUUGGCCAGUUCUACUCAAUCGGCAAACCAGCCAACAGGGCAUAAAUAGCAAAACAACGCUCAAAAAUUUUUGGCUAAUAAGAGAAGUAAAAGAAGCACCCCGAGAUCAAGUGUGAAUUUUUUAAAACACAUUUACAUCCCUUAUCCGGCUCCCCCCUUCAAUUUCAUUUUCAAUCAGUUGCGCAAUCAGGCGCAAACGGAUCAAACCCGUCCCCGAGGUGGGGGGUUUACGUGUUAUGUAAAGUUGUUCUUUUUAAUUUAUUUACCAUAUAUCGUACCGUAGGGAGAGAGCGAACGAGGGAACGAUCUUCUUUGACCGUGUUUGUUGUCCUUUGUUGUAACACACUAUUGUUUCUUUUCCUCUUUCGUUUAUUUUCGUCGUCGUGUCUCUGUGGACAGCGUACAGCGAAAAACAGGGAACACGAAAAACUAGGUAUCACGCAUUUUUACAACGCAUAUAACACACCUCUUAAUGGAUAACGGAACGCAAUAUAUCAAUAAAAAGUAACAAAGCGAAA